GCUAUCUCACAAUCUUUAACUUGUCUUUCUGUCCUGAUAAGAGCGAUACACAAUUUAGGGCCCGCGAAUUUGUCUAUAAAUAAGAGUCGACUGCUGCCUCAGAAUUCAUAACUAGCCUCACUUCCUCCACUUUGCAAGCUCUCUCUAAUUUCUAUCUCUCGACCUUAUGGCCAACACUAAUACAGCUUCAGCGCUCACGCACUCUCCUGUUCUAAAAAGCGAGACCUGUUCCUUCCCUCAAAAGGAAGACGGUCUCGAUUCCAUUAAUUACUCAAUUUUAGGUGUAAAUGAUGCAAUUCCCAUCAUUGACUACUCCUUGCUUACCUCUGAUGAUCCUGUUCAACGUUCCCAAGCCAUUCAAAACCUUGGAAAAACAUGCAUUGAAUACGGCUUCUUCGCUGUAAUCAAUCAUGCAAUACCAGAUAGUGUGAUUAAUGGUACGAUGGAGGCGCUCUUGAGGUUUUUCGAUCUACCUGAAGAGAAGAAACUGAAAUAUGAAACCAGCAAUUCGACGGAUAAGAUAAGAUGGGGAAGAGGGGAUGUCCACCAUGUGAGCCGGGAGUUUUUCAAGAUUGCCUCUCAUCCUCAGUUCCAUUGCCCUAUUCACCCCGAUGACUUAAGGGAGAUUUUACAAGAGUACAGCGAAAGAUUGAGGGAAGUGGGAAUUAAUUUACUAAGAGGGUUUUCAAAGUCUUUGGGACUUGAAGAAUCUUAUAUAGAAAAAGCAAUGGAUUUGGAAUCGGGCUAUGAUUUCUUCACUGCAAAUGACUAUCCACCACGUUUUUCUGCUGCAAACAUUAUUGGUCAAUUUCCUCAUAAUGAUCCUGGUCUCCUAAUCCUUCUUAUGCAAAAUGUAAGUGGGGGUCUCCAACUUGAGCACAAGGGAAAAUGGCUCAAUGCAAACCUCAAUUCCAACUGGAUUAUCGUUAAUCUCGCUGAUCAUCUUGAGAUUUUAACGAAUGGUAAAUAUAAGAGCACCAUUCAUCGUGUGGUUUUGAACAAUGAAGUAAGGAGGGUGACUUUUCCUUUAUUUUUGGGACCAUCACUGGAGGCAGUCGUGAGCCCUGCACCUGAAUUUGUAGAUGACAACCAUCCCUCUGCAUAUCGUGGAAUGACCUACAAAGACUAUUUAGAAGCCAACCAGCACCAUGUUAUCGACGGAAAGUCAUGCCUCAAACAGAUUCGACUAAUUUAAGUUAUCAUAAUUGUCUCCAAGGCGACCGAUUACUGCUUUAUAAUAAUAAUUAAUAUGUAUCACAAAAUAAGAUGCAGUAAAGUUUGUCUUAGUCUAGUGGUUAAGGAUAUUUUAAGAAAACACAGAGGUUUUAGUUUUGAUCCCCUUCCCUUGGGCUAUGUCCAUCCUACGUAUCAAAAUAAAGUUUGAAUCUGUCUGCUAUGUUAUGCAAUGAAAUGUUUGAAUCUCCUCUCAUCCUUCGGAAAAUAUUUGAAUAAUUAAUUUGUAAGGCUUUUAAGUACUUGGAU